AUGACUAUUAAUAAUAUUUCCUCCCUUAAUGAAGACCACGUCACACAAAUAUCUCACUAUGGUCCUGUUACUUGCAUAAAACUUUUUGAGGAUUACAUUUUAGUUGGCUACGGACCAAUUCUUCACAUUUACCGAGUACACCCCACCGGCACCAAUGAGAUCCGUCGUAUAUUCAGUAAGCAAUUGUUUAAACGAAACAAAAUCCAUUCCAUCUUUGUAAACUCCGUACUGCGCAAAUGCAUUGUUAGCGGAGCUAAGUCAUUUAUGGUGUUCGACCUCGAUCUGCUAGAUGUGAUGGGAAAGGAGAUGGGGAUUCACGAGUGGAUCAUUUGCUCCACGAUAUUGAAUGAUAAUACGGUCUUGUUAUUGAAUGCAUACAACAUGAUUUAUCAAGUGAAUAUUUUCAAAGAAGAUGAGGAACUGGUUGCACUCCAAAAAAUACACUGCGGAGAAAAGUCCAUAUUGUACAGCGGUUCAAUUGAUGUACUUUCCAAUGGCAAGAUAUACAUUGCGGCAGGGACGGUAAUGAAUGGAGUUCUUGUAUGGGAUUUACAUACCCAAAGGAUUGUCCAUAAAUUGAAUGAUCAUGAGGGUUCCAUCUUUGGAGUAAAGAUAAGUCCCGAUGGGAAAUAUAUUAUUUCGUGUUCAGAUGAUCGUAGUAUAAAAUUGUAUGACAUGCACACUGCGCAUUUAAUGGCUACUGGUUGGGGACACGGAUCUAGAAUAUGGAAUUUGGAAUUUGGCAAGCAUGGAGUACAGCUUGGGCAAGAACCGAAAGAUAAAAAUAGGCAAGGCAGCAGCGCAGAAACAUCAAUUGAUGAAGAAUAUGAAUAUGAAAUUGAGUACGAUCUUGAGCAACAGCAGCAAAAAGAACACAUGGAGGAAACACUUGAAGGUAUUGAUGGUGUAGUGGUUAAGAGUAGCAAACCCAAGCAUAGUGUAAAAAUCAUGAGUAUAGGUGAAGAUUGUACUUUGCGCACAUGGGAAUACGAUUCAACUGAUCAGUUGAAACAAUUGAAAAUUGUCGAGAAUUGUCAUAGGGGAAAACAUGUUUGGAGCGGCGAUAUAGAUGAUGUUUAUUUGAAUAUUUGUUGCACAGGAGGUGCCGAUGGUAGAGUACGAGUACAUGAUCUAACGGAAAAGAACCAAGUGACCACCAAGUUGACCAUCGAUGACUUUUCAUUAUCUACGGAUGGCAUCGAGUUCAAAUCCAAUGAUUUCAUUCGAGAUUAUGUGGAGUUGACCAAACUGAGAAUAUUAGUAUGUCUUACGCUGAAUGGUCAUGUAUUUGUUUAUCACUACGAAACACGAAAAUGUGAGCAUUUGGCAUAUUAUGAAGCAUUGAAUGGAUUUGGAAUAGUCCAUGCAUUCAAUGAAGCAAAUACAGUGUUGAUUGCAAGUCGUGCAGGAAAUAUACUUUGUAUUACUUUCAGCGAGAAUACAAGAGUGCCAGUUGCACAACAAAAGUGGCUUGCGAGUCCCAUGGAAAUGAAGAUCACCAACAUGUUGUGUUUUGCUAAAAACAAUGGUAGUUUUCACGUUCUUUUAGAAUCGCCAAACCCCAAAAUACCAUUUCUUUUAAAAGAAUUUAUUUAUGAAAACGGUAAUUUUGAAAUUGUGCGUUUGAAGGAAAUCCCGAAAUCGCUGUUCAACUCCCCAUUGACUGCAAUGGCAAUUGAUGCAUCCAAUCAAUGUAUAAUUUUGGCAUCGAAGAGAAUGACAAUUGCUGUUGUAGACCUUACAGAGACAUCAAAUAGCUUGAAUUUGAAGAAAAUUGCUCAAGGAGAUUCUGUGAGCUCGGUGUCAAUCGUAAAUUCAAAAAAAGGAUUUUUUGAUGUUCUUGUGUUGGCACGUGAUGGUACCUAUUUAUUGGCGAGGGUGACAAGAUCAGAAAAGCUCCUUCAUCUGGAGCUACAAUCAGAAGUACAACAAGAGUUUGCUGACCUAAACCUCAAAAUUUUACACGAAAACAAACUCACUCGUGGCUUUAUCGAAGGUGGUUAUUUUGACGACAAUAAUAAGGAUUUGAUUCUUUAUGGUUUCAAAUCCUCUUACUUUUAUGUAUGGAAUGAGACCAAACAAAUCGAAAUUAUGAGCCAAUAUUGUGGUGGCAAUGGCCAUCGUCAUUUCAAAUUUCUCAAACAGUCUGAUACAAACUUUAGUUUUGUAUACCUGUUCAAAAGUGAUGUGUAUGUUUGUCAUUUUCAAGGGAGAUUUUUCAACCAAAAUUACGGACUUAUACAUAACGGUGUACAUGGAAGAGAGAUCCGUGACUUGAAUAUUCUGCGACAAACUUUUAGUGAUGGCACUAGGUUGCUUGUAACAUCUGCGGAAGAUUCGACUAUUGCACUAAGUAAAAUGACUCCUAGCACAGGCAAUGUUGAAGGUGUGUGGAGUAUGAAUAAUCACAUAUCCGGUAUGCAAAAAGUCAAAUUUUUGAACGAGAACUACGUGCUUAGCUCUGCUGCUAAUGAAGAGUUUUUUAUUUGGGAAUUAAAUUGGUUUGAUGAUGUACCAUUGUUGAAAGAGAUGGCGAGGUUAAAAUCAGACAAGGCGGUUUUGGACUUGAGAGUGAUGGAUUUUGACGCCGAGGAACACAAUACCUACAUUUUUGCUGUGACUGUGUUUUCAAAUUCUAAAAUCAAAUUGUGGAAAAUCUGUAAAGAGACUAAUGCGUUUGAAAUGAUUAGUGAGUGGAACUAUUCGUCCUGUUGUAUUUUGAACUGUCAAUUGUUUACUUUGAACAAUUCAAAGUACCUCAUUAUUGCCACAACAGAUGGUUGUUUAACUAUAUGGAACAUUGAUGAUCCUAAAGCUCCACAGUUGGAGGUAACGAAAAGAUUACAUCAAAGUGGAGUCAAGGCCAUUUGUUUGAUAAAUCAUGACAAUUAUGUGCAUGUAGUAACUGGUGGAGAUGAUAAUGCGUUAGGCUUGAGUAAGAUUCAUACACUGGUUGAAAGCACAGGAAACUCAAAUUUGCAAAUUGAGCUAAUUAGCUUUGAACCUAGUGCAUCAUCGGCUACGAUUACAUCAAUUGCACAGGUUGAUAAACUGAAAGUUGUUGUUGCGUCUGUUGAUCAGAUUGUGCGCGUCUGGUCCAUUGGUGAAAGUUUGAACUGUAUCCUGGCCAAAUUUACAACUGUUGCCGAUACAGGGUGCUGUGAUGUAAUUGAUGAUCUCUUAGUUGUGGGUGGUGCAGGUAUAUCGGUAAACAAAUUAAAUUUAUAA